AUGGGUGCCAGCGCUUCCGCCACCGACGACAGUGCCGCCGCCCGCCGCUCGACUGCUGCCAACGCCAAGGCCAGCAGUGACGGCCGCGUCCGCCGCACCAUCCGCCUUGUGCUAGCCUCCAUCGCCGCCGCCUGCUUCGCUUAUGCCGCCUACGGCUACUUGUCGCCGGCGGGCAACGGCGCUCCGUCCGCGGCCACGGCCAGCCCCAAGCCCUACAAGGUCCUCGACGACUUCAAGCCCUACCAGGCUCCCAGGAAGACGGUGCUCGAUGACAAGCUGCCGCCGCGACGGCCGCUGCCCCAGCAGCCCAUCCGGGCCGCCGACGUCGAGAGGCAGGCCGCCGUCCUCGACGCCUUUGUCCACUCCUGGUCCGCCUACCGCGACAACGCCUGGGGCUACGACGAGUACCACCCGCUCAGCAAGAGCGGCAGCAACCUCUCCGGCAAGCCGGGCAAGGGCAUCGGCUACACGAUCGUCGACAGCCUCGACACCAUCAUCCUCCUCGGCCUGGCGGACGAGUACCGCAGAGCCAGAGACUGGGUGCGGGACGAGCUCGACUGGAACAUCGAGGGGCGCCUCAACGUCUUUGAGACGACCAUCAGGACGCUGGGCGGCCUGCUCUCGGCCUCGGCGCUGAUCCGCGACCCUCCGAACCCGGCCAUCACCGCCAGCGAGGAGGAUGCCGAGCUCUUCCUCAGCAAGGCUGCCGGGCUCGCAGAGCGCCUGGUGCCCGCGUUCCAGACAAAGAGCGGCGUCCCGCUGCGCGAGGUCGACCUGCAGACGGGCGAGGCGUUCGCCGACGCCGACAACAACAACGCCAGCAGCCUCGCCGAGGCCACGACGCUGCAGCUCGAGUUCAAGUACCUCGCCCACCUGCUCGACGACCGCUUCUACUGGAGGCUCGCCGAGCAGCCGAUGCACGUCGCUCGCAGGCAGAGCCUCCAGGUGCCCCAGUUCUACACGCUCCUCCCCAUCUUCCUCAACCCGCACACGGGCCACUUCUACAUGUCCGACAUCCGCCUCGGGUCGCGCGGAGACUCGUAUUACGAGUACCUGGUCAAGCAGUGGCUCCAGACCAACCGCACCGAGCACGUCUACAAGGCCAUGUACGACUCGGCCGUCUUUGGCAUCAAGACGAUCCUCGUCAAGACGUCGGUGCACUCGGAGCCGCCGCUCAUGAUCACGGCCGAGCUGUCGCCGCGCCGCGGCCAGGACGGCAAGCCGAUGAUGCAGCUCGUCCCCAAGCAGGACCACCUCGUCUGCUUCCUCGGAGGGGCCAUGAUGCUCGGCGCCGUGUCCGCGUCCGAAGCGCACGGAUCCACGCCGUCCCUGCAGUCGAGCAGCCCGCUGGUGGCCCCCAUCGAGGUCGGGGCGACGGCCGACGCCGUCGAGGUCGAGGACUGGCGGCUGGGCCACGAGCUCGUCCGCACCUGCGUCGACACCUACCAGAAGACCAAGACCGGUCUCGCUCCCGAGAUCGUCUUCUUCCGCACUCCGGCCGAGAUCGAGCACGGCGAGGACUGGUACAUCAAGAAGCCGCCGCCGUCGUUCGAGGGCAAGGCAAACCCGCUGAUCGACGCGCGCAACAUCCUGCGGCCCGAGACCGUCGAGAGCCUCUUCAUCGCCUUCCACCUGACGGGCGACGAAAUCUACCGCGAGUGGGGCUGGCAGAUUUUCGAGGCGUUUGUCAAGCACUGCAAGGUCGAGUCUGGCGGCUUUGCCAGCAUCGACGACGUCGAUGCCGACACGCCGCAGCAGCAGGACCGCAUGGAGACGUUCUGGCUGUCCGAGACGCUCAAGUACCUCUACCUGCUCUUCUCGGACCAGUCGCUGCUGCCGCUCGACAAGUGGGUCUUCAACACCGAGGCACACCCGCUGCCCAUCUUUACGCCGCAGUUCGCCACAACGGUCGAGUAA